AUGAAAGUCACUGACUCCUUGAUGACCAUGCUUGGCGAUUUCGCCGCCAUGAAGCGAACUCCUGACUAUACACCAUCCACGGUUGUGGAGCCGGAAAUCCCGAGAAAGCAUUCUGCCCCAGAGACUCAAGCGCAGUCUCAGCGCCGACAUUCAUUGAUGAUCAGUGUUGGCACAGAGGAGAUUCCAAGACUCGGCCGAACUCGUACACGUUCGGAAUCCGUCGCAACGCCACAGUGCAUCGAAGCGAAACUUUACAACAAGGGUGUUAGAAGAUGUUCGGCACCUUGUGUCUCCACUACCGCCACAACAGCCUCAUCUCUAAGAAAGAAACUGCAGAAAAUGCGUGAAGAGAAAAGCUCGGACUCCGAGUCGGAUCUAUUGAAAGAGGAGGAAGAUGAAGAAGCUCAUGCCGUGUUAGCACAACGACGAGCCUCAUCCGGAAGUGCUGUGUAUAGGAUCUAA